GACAUAUCGGAUGACAGAACGACGGUGAGCUGCACCUGCUCGCGCGCGUCACACUGUUACAGCACGCGCCGCUCGAGCUCACAGUUCUAACGCCUGCGGUGUAGUGAUAGAGCUUCUACACUGUAAUCCAACCAGCAAUAGAGAUGACGUCCCAGAAACAUAAACAGGGACUAGCUGAAAUCAAAGCAUUGGAGAAUAUUCUGGACGGAUGCAAAUGUGACCUGUCCACUGUCGAUGAAGUCUGGCCGAACUUGUACAUCGGGAAUGUGGCAAUCGCUCAAAACAAAAGUGCUUUAAGGAAGAUGGGCAUCACUCACAUCCUGAACGCGGCUCAUGCCAAACAGGGCAGCAUAGGAGAUGAGAGUUACUACGGUACUGAGUUUGUAUAUCACGGUAUACCAGCAGAAGACUCAGGCAGGUUUGACAUCAGUGUGCACUUCCGGUCAGCGUCUGACUUUAUACACAAAGCUCUCAAGAAGAAAAACGGAAAAGUGCUUGUGCAUUGCAUUAUGGGGGUGAGUCGCUCAUCUACUUUGGUCCUGUCCUACUUAAUGUUACGUCAGCAUCUAUCUCUCCAUGCUGCCAUCCAACAAGUCAUCCAAAGGAGACCGAUUUAUCCUAACAGGAACUUUCUGGGUCUACUACUUGAGCUCGACACACAACUACAGAGAAAAAGAAUGAUGUGUCCAAUUCUCUGACAGCACAUCACUGUCAGACAGACCAGUGUGUUUGUUUGUUUUUCAAUAGUUCUUUAGUAAAAAAAAAUAUAUCACCUACUUUAUGUAAAAAUAGGAUGAUUAACAUUUAAAAA